CCGUCUGGUCUAGUUUGUCUUCGGAGAAGUACAUGCACCGUUAGUAGGAAAACUCUUACAAAAAUGUAUGGAACACUUCUUUUUUUGUCCACAUGUCUUGCUUUUACUCACUCUUUGAACGUGACAGCAUCGAGACAAACAGAUGUUUUGGAACUGCAACAGAAUUUAAGGAUGCUAGAACAAAGAUUACAGGCACUUGAAGCAAUGAAUAAUUCUUCAGCAAAGCUUACACAACAAUCAGUUGGAUUUACUGCGUGUUUAUCAUCAUCAACUGCAGUUACCAUUGGCCACCUACAACCAAUCAAAUUCGAUCACGUGAUCACAAACGAAGCCAAUGGUUUUGAUCCACGGCAUGGCACAUUUCGGGCACCUGUUUCCGGACUCUAUCACUUUUCCAUGACCAUAUACUCGGUGAAGUCACAUUCGCUACGCAUUCAGAUGGUCAAAGACGGAACAGAACUUAUCCAUACAUACGAAGGCGGAAGCGACUAUCUCUCCUCCACCACUGAUGUCAAUGUGAGACUUAGUGCUGGUCAAACCGUGUGGUGUCGUAAUUCACAAACAGCAAAUCAAUUGGUUAACGCUAAUGGUUACAGUUGCUUUUCUGGGCAUUUGAUAUCUAGUUAGGAAAACACAGUACAGAUGUUAUCGCACUGCGUUUUAGCUGUAAAGAGUUCUGUUAAUGUAGUUUAUUUGGCGUGUUCAAUAUUUCAUUUUUAAUAAGUAAGCAUAGAUUUGAAAAAGUGCUUUCUAAAUGUGUACUAUAUGAAUGAUAUUAUAUGAUGAAACAUUUACCGGAGUAUUGCGCUUUAUUUAGCGGAUGAUGCUUUCCGCAAAGGCGCGAAAUAAAAUACGCAACCAAAUGUAAUACUUUUACAGUAACAUACUAAUUUAUUAACAGAUAUAAUUUAUGUAGAAUUGAUUGUAUUUAAAUUAUACAUGUAUUUUACUUAAGUUUUAAAACAUAUGACCA